CCUUCUCGAUAUCGUGAUAGUCUGGUCUGUGAUUCGUGACCGAGAAAUCGUGAUCAGAUCAGAUCAGGAUUGAUCAGGAUCAGGGACCCGUUUGGACUCGUUGAAGUGAAGUGGAAGGAGACCAGACAGACACGAACAAGUUCGACCUUAAAAGUUAUCCGCAGUUAAUCGUUCCGCUCACGUUUUCGCGAGAGAAAAUUGGUGAUACUUCGGGAACUGUGUGGCCCCAAUUGAAUUAACAUGUCGGAUACUAGACGACGUCGAAAGUCUAAUCAGUCGUGCGGUUCCGACGACCUCUCGGAUUCCUGUGAAGAGUUGAACGCAACGAAAGAGACUCAGAGCAGUGAACAAACCGAUGGACAUCAAGACUCCGAAUGCGACAUUUAUGCAUCAGACUCUGAUGUUGAAUCUCAAGAUGGAGCAUUGAGGGAGAGCGGAGAUGGUCAGGAAGAAGAAAAACCUCAGAAGAAAUUAGAUGAUGAUGAGGACAGAAGAAAUCCACAGUAUAUUCCCAAGAGAGGGACAUUUUAUGAACACGAUGACAGAACUGCUGAUGAAGUGACAGAAACCAACCAAGAGUCUCAGAAUGAAAGGGAAACCAAAGAGAAAAAAGUAUGGAAAGAUAAGGAAGAUAGAUGGGAUCAUGAUAGGUACAAUGAUGAAGAGCAGGCACCAAAGAGCCAUGAAGAACUAAUAGCAGUGUAUGGCUAUGACAUUAGAAACGAAGAAGGACCUCCUAGGGCUAGAAGAAGAAGAAGAUAUGGUCGUGGCCCCAAUAAAUAUACCCGUAACUGGGAAGAUGAGGAUGCAUAUGGAAAACCAGGAACAAAUGUCACCAAUAGGAAUAGAAAGUUUAACAGAAGCGGUGAAGAUUUUCCUGCACUAGGAACUAAUAAAAAUGCUUCUGCCCUUGUCGAGGAACCAGUAAUUUCGUCGGCUUGGUAUAGUAGUAAAAACAAAAUACAGAACAAAGUACAGAACUUUCCACCACUGCAAACACAGAGCGACAGUCCAAAAACGAAAUCAAGCAGUGCAUCUAAUACUCAUACGAAUGAAAAUAAAGCUCCUAAUGAGCCUACAAAUCCAGCCUGGAAAAAGGACAUCAAGCACUCUUCACAUACUCAGAGUAAUAACGGAAAUAGUGGAGCCGGUGGUGACGCGGACAAAUUGGUGAAUGCAAAGACAUCUCCAAGAGAUAAUAACAAGAGGAACGUCCAAGAGUCUGUAAGCUUGGCAGCGAGUAGAACACGCGGACGAGGAUUCAGGACGAACGCUAAUAACAAUAUGGUUACUAAUAGAACAAUUGAAACUAAACCAAAGGGACGCGGGGCGGGUCCGAUCACCGCGGAGAAUAAGAGAAAUAGUAACGUACAGAAUGACGAUGAGCAACAGAUCACGCAUGACAUGAAGCAUGUUAGUGUUAAUGAUGGUACACAGUACCAUCAAAGUGGGAGACACAACAAAAGCUUCUAUGGGCAGUCGUCCAAUCAACAGAGGUCGAGCACGGUACCUCCAAGAAUGCAACAACAACAGCAAUCUCAUUCCUCAUCGCAACCGCAGCAACAAUCGCUUCAACAGCAAGAUAGUUCUGCCAAUAGACCGAAGCGAUACUCCAGUUUACGACAACGUCCUACAGUUUCUGAGACUUCUGGACAACAAAAUUAUCCAUCACAGCAUGGGCAGCACGGUCAACACAGUCAACACAGCCAACAUAAUCAACACAGCCAACACAAUCAACAUAAUCAGCAUAACCAGCAUGGAUAUUUCCCCCCUCAAGCUGGCAAUUCAAGAGGUGUUUUAGAGUCGCAAGGAUAUCCGCAAGGUCAUUUCGAACAAACUACGCCUGUUGCUGCCGCUGCUACGCCUCUGGCUGGACAACCUGUUAUUCCUUUGCCACCAAAUGGUCAACCGGCUAGUUAUGCUCCACCGCCAUUUUUGGUACCGCCACCGCAAUUUAUACCUCCACAGACUGCUCCACCUAGUAUAAUCAAUUAUGUUCCUGGUCCGAAUGGUCCAGCAUUUCAACCAAACUUUCAAGGCUACCAAGGAUACAGUCCGCCAGUUCAGCCGCAGCGUCCGCCACCUCCGCAAGAGCUUUUCCAGCCACAAGGUUGUACUUACUAUAGUCCAGCGCAGCAGCAGCAACAGCAACAACAGUCGGCUCCGAUGAGACGACCGAAAGCUGCGAUUCCGAUUCUUCCACCGCCUGAUAAUCAACAACACCAGAGCGGCAAAGGACGAGGUAGAAGUACACAGCUCCAGCAACCGAAUCAGCCUGGCAAUAUGCAACAGGCUGAGCAAGAAAUUAAAAGCGGCUUGAUGGAAGGUGAACAUCAGGGCAUUCCGGAACAGUUUGAGAACGUUCAAAAUGAACAGAGCUCUCUGAUUCAAGAAACACAGAAAAGCAUAGAUCCAAGUGCAAUACCAGACACUAUGACCGAAGAGAUAGAUGCUAAAGACGUUGAUAUAGAUACACCAGUGGUUCAAGAACUCAUUACGACAGAUCCUACCGCCGAGGUAAUAAAUGCUAACAAUUCGUCAAAAAUUAUUCUAGAUGAAAAUAUUGUUCCCAUUAAAACAACAGUCGUGGAAAAAAUCGAGAAUGAUCCUAUCGUCAUUGAGAGUAGUACAACUGAGAGCAAAGUUAUCGAGGAAGCAGCAGCUUGAAAGAAUGUCGCAUAGUUUCUCUUCAAUUUUCUCGCAAAAGACGUAAUUGUGAAUCCUCGUAAAUACGAGCAAGCAUAAUAAUUAUAAAGGAUGAUGUGUAAUUUUAACGAUGUUACAUAUACAAUAUGUAUAGAAGAUUUAUAACCGCGAGAGCCGCUCUUGGAACAGUGGCGGAAACCGGCGUAUGUGCGUGUUUAAUACAUAUUUCAGAAUGGUUUUAUCUAAUUACAGUAUGUUGAAUAAUUUCGUAGGUUUCAUUUAUAACAAUGUUUCUCUACGAAUCUUCAUGGAUCUGCGGCUAUUAUUAAAACACACACAUUCUUCAAUAUAUAUUGUUGAAUUACUUUCAUAUAUAAAAGUCUACUAAUAAUCGAUUAUUAGUAGAAGGGAUUAGUGUUUAAAUGUAUUAUCGUGUAUCGAGUAUUACCGUAUGCAGCAUCGAUACAGGCAGAAUGGUUAAUAAAAUCGAUAUAUCUUUUUGAUAAGAACAAACAGUUAUUGUAAAUAGACUAUACAUAUAGUCAGGUCAGUAACCUUAAUUAUGUAUUAUGACUUUCUCUGUACAAACAUGUUUGUACUGCGCUUCAUUGGGUAAUUUGAUGGACGAUUCAUUCGAUAGGUAAUCAUUACUUAAUGCUUUAAUUUACUUACACUACCGAUCGCGAAAAACAUCAAUCGUUGAAGGAAAAUCGUCACUAUAAUUUCGCAAAUAAUAUUCGCAAAGCCUAAUAGGCUAAUAUACUAAUCUUGUCACUAAUAGAUUUUAUUGAACCGCGAUGAGUCUUUUUUUUUUCUUUUUUAAUAAAUACGCUUAUAACAUGCUUUCUUACUGGCAAUAUGGAAUGGAAAGAUAAUAUAUUCAUAAGAAGUUCUUUCAUAAGUGACUAAAUUUAUUUGUCCUAUGUUUUGAUUUUUUGAUUUUUUCUGGAGAAGAUUAUUAGAAGUAAAAACUUACUGAUCAAGAUUCAAUUCGUAUAAAAUCCAUCAUUCAAGAGGAAUAGCGACGGGAUCGUAUAAAUAAUGGAAUUGAUCUUUGCGCGCAAUAAUCCUCAUACACAAUUGAAUUGUAUAACGUUAGCGGAUUAACAAUAAGUUCCAUUGAGACGACAUAAAAUGUUAGGAGAUAGUGUACAUAGUGUCGGAUUUUACAUCGCAUUAUAUUUAUAACAUAGUAGCAACGUAUACGUACACAUGUAUGUGUAUGUUAUGAAACUUUUUAUACCCGAUUUUGUCGGCGUGGCUGGCAUAUCGUUUGAAAAAUAAUUAUAGAUACAACAACGGUCACGUAUGAUACCAGUCGAUUAUAAGUGAAAUAACGUGCAGAUGCGCGUGUGUGCCUAUAGUUCCAGUUCAUGUUCAGCGAGGACGAAUGUUAAUCACUUUUAUUAUCGAGAUCGGUACAUUCGAACAAACAAAAACAACUCGACGCUUCGUUAUAUUAUGCGAAAUCUCAUAUGCAAAAUGGCGUAUCAAUGUCUACCGAUUUUUACGGAAGUAGGAACUAAAUACAGAUCGCUUUUUCAAAUGUCCUUUGUUAUUUGAAUGAUAACCAGUUGAACGUACAUUAUGCUGUUUCUUUGUAAUUAUUAAGUACCGUAUACCUUUACAUUAAAGUUCCGAUUACAAUGCAAAUAAACGAUCCCUUGUGAAUCUCA